AUGGCGCGCAGAACCAAAUCUAAAACACCAAGUCCAGAGGUCGAGGACGACGAUUAUUCGGAAACCCUUGAACAGCCCACAGAGAUCAAUCCCUAUGAAGUCCUGUCUGUCUCAAAGGAUGCUACCGCCGAUCAAAUCAAGACUGCAUAUCGAAAAACUGCUCUGCGACAUCACCCUGACAAAGUCUCUCCCGAGACCAGUGACGAUGCACACAAGAAGUUUCAAGAGAUUGCGUUUGCAUAUGCUGUUCUCAGUGACGAAAAGCGACGAAGGCGAUAUGAUACCACAGGCAAUACGAGUGAAAGUUUGAAAGAUGACGAGGACUUCGAUUGGGUUGAUUUCUUCCGCGAGCAGACUGCGGCUAUGGUCGAUGGCGACAUGAUCGAGCAGAUCAAGAAGGACUACCAAGGCUCUCCAGAGGAGAAGGAGGAUGUCCUGCGUGUCUACGAGGAACAGGAAGGCGACAUGGAUGCGCUAUACGAAACCAUCAUGUGCUCGAAUGUGCUCAACGAUGACGAGCGGUUUCGAGGCAUUAUUGAUGAGGCGAUUGAGAAGAAAGACGUACCAAACUAUCCUGCUUAUACAAAGGAAACCAAGGCGGCAAGAAAGAAAAGAGUUCAGAAAGCUAAGGUUGAGGAGGCAGAGGCUUUAGAAUUGGCUGAAGAGUUGGGAGUGAAAGACAAAUUAUUCGGAAAAGGGUCCAAUGGUAAGACAGGUCAGAAAAUCGGUAAGAAGACGAACGACGAGGACGCAUUGAAGACCCUAAUCCAGCAGAGGCAGAAAGGACGUGCUGAAGGGUUCAUUGAAAGCCUCGAGGUGAAGUACGGAGGUAGUAAAAGAAGUAAAAGGAAAGUCGAUGAGCCGCCAGAGGAAUCGUUCGAGAAGAAUGCGAAGAAGGUUAGAGGCAAGACUCGUUGA